UAAAUAUUUAUGCAUGAGAUCAGAAACAAGAACCCAUUUGUAUUCUACAAUCUGCUUAUUCAUUUAUACACUAUCCCAAUAUCCCACUUUUUUAAUUUCUCUAUUACCUUAAUUUUAUUUCCAUGGAUCUUCUUCCUGGUCUACCAAAUGACAUAGCUCUUGAAUGCUUAAUUCGCCUUCCUCUCGACCAAUUCUCCAAAGCUUCUUCAGUAUGCAGUAACUGGAAACGCGAAAUUAAGCACCCCAUGUUUCGUCAACGACGAAAGAAUUCGGGUCUUACCCGACCCGUUUUUGCAUUAACCCAAGCCAUGGUUAGCACCAUUAGAAAACCACAUGGUAUUACAACCUUUUCAUCUACACAAAUUUAUCGUCUUUCUCUUUAUGAUCCAGAAAAGGAAUGUUGGUAUGAUUUGCCACCCAUACCCGAGUUAGUUGACGGGUUGCCCAUGUUUUGCCGGGUUGUAGGAGUCGGGUCGGAGUUAGUGGUGAUUGGCGGGUGUGACCCGGUGAGUUGGAGAGUUAUGGACUCUGUCUUUAUUUACAGUUUUAUAUCGGGUACGUGGCGUUGUGGGGCCCACAUGCCAGGUGGACAAAGGUUGUUUUUUGGGUGUGUGUCGGAUUUGGAGAGAUUUGUGGUUGUUGCCGGUGGACAUGACGAUGAGAAAAAUGCAUUGAAAUCCGUGCUUUUAUAUGACGUGGCGAAAGAUGAUUGGGUCGCGAUGCCUGACGUGGCAAGUGAACGGGACGAAUGUAAGUGCACUUUUUACCAAGGUAAAUUCCACGUCAUCGGCGGUUAUCCUACGCAUGCACAAGGUCAGUUCCAGCGUAGCGCUGAGGUGUUCGAUGUUGCCACGUGGCGGUGGAGCAUGGAGGAGGAUUUUCUCGGUGCCGACACGUGUCCGCAGAGUUGCGUAGAAGGAGAGGAUGGGAGAUUAUACAUGUGUCGAGAUGGUGACGUGGUUGUAAAGUGUGGUGCCAUGUGGAAACAUGUGGCGAGGUUGCCAGCUGAGGUGUCCAACGUGGCGUAUCUGACAGCGUGGCAGGGGAAGUUGCUAGCUGUGGGAAAUGCUGGAUUUGAUGAACUCUAUGGUGGUUAUGAACUUGAUGUGAGUAGUGAAAGUAGAGAAAAGAAAUGGAGAAAAUUGGAUACACCAGAUGAAUACACUGGCCAUGUUCAAUCAGUUUGUUGUUUAGAGAUAUGAAACUUUCAAAGGGCAGUAUGUACUUUUUUUUCUUUUUUCUUUUUCCUUCCUUGAUUUGCUCUCUGGUUUGUGGAUUUUCUUAGGUCAGAAAUCACAUUGAGCUUUUGUGCAUGGUUGAUUCUUCUUUUAUCUACUUGCGUUUUCUGUUACAUAACCU